AUGUAUGGAAGUAUAAAUGAGCAGUACAGAAGUGACCACCAGCUGCUCUCUCACAACUCUCAUGUAGCUGAGAGCCAAGAUGAGGAAGAAUACCAGCAUGGAGACUCAGGAUCAACUAGAAACACAGAGCUUCAAGCAGAGGAAAGACAUCAUGAAAGUGAAAUUAACAGUAACAGUCCACACACCUCUGCUGUGAUCAACUUAAAUACAGGUAAAAAGCCUUUAAAAUGUGACGUAUGUGGGAAAGUUUUUGAGUGCAAGUCAAAAUUGCAAAGACACCUGAAAAGCCACACAGGUGAGAAGCCACAUACUUGUAAAGUAUGUGGGAAAGCUUUCAGACAUAAUAAUGUCUUGUUAGUCCACAUGAGGACUCACACAGGUGAGAAGCCGUAUACUUGUAAAGUAUGUGGGAAAGCUUUCGGACGUAAUGGUGUCUUGUUAGUCCACAUGAGGACUCACACAGGUGAGAAGCCAUAUACUUGUAACGUAUGUGGGAAAGCUUUCAGAUAUAAUGGUCACUUGUUAGUCCACAUGAAGACUCACACAGGUGAGAAGCCACAUAGUUGUAACAUAUGUGGGAGAGCUUUUGGACGUAAUGGUGACUUGUUAGUCCACAUGAGGACUCACACAGGUGAGAAGCCACAUACUUGUAACGUAUGUGGGAAAGCUUUUGGACGUAAUAGUGUCUUGUUAGACCACAUGAGGACUCAUUCAGGGGAGAAGCCGUAUCCUUGCAAAACAUGUGGGAGACACUUCAGAUCUGCCAGUAACUUGACAGCCCACAUGAGAACGCACACAGGUGUAAAGGUGCAUCACUUGAGCACAGAGGUUCCAGUUGAAGUCACACAUAUACAGGAAAGAGACUGUUUAAAUGCAAAACAUGUGGCAGAGCUUUCAGAGGCCUCUUCCAUAAAGCAUGCUAAGAAAAGUGGGGAGUGAGGUCCAAAUCCUGAAUUUUAAUUGAAAUUGCAGGUCUGGAAAAGUUAAACUAGUGAGAUAAAG